CUGUGUUCAGGAGGUUUUAUUUGGUGUUCAUGACCAGCACCAUGAUGCAGAGUCUAGCCCCUGCAGAUACAGAGAUCGACCUCGGGGACGACGGAGACAGCGAGGACAGCGAGGGACAGCGGCCGUGGAAGACGCAGCUGGAGACAGUCAUGGAGGAAGAAGAAGACGAGGAGGAAGAUGAGGACUUGGCCUCGACACAGAGUGACACGAGGCCUCUGAUCAACGAGAGAGAUCCACGACAGAUGAACGAAUGCCUCAAGGUGAGUUUCGAGGACGUGAUAGCUGAGCCGCUCUCAGUGCGUACUGGAGACCGGGUGUGGUUCUGGAGCAACGCACUCUUCGAGGUGUCCCGGGUUUGGUUCUAUCGCAUCAUCACGGCGGUGCUCGCCAUCCCCUUCUCCAUCAUCGCCGGAGUUCUCUUCGCGUUCCUCACCUGCCUUCACAUCUGGCUUCUCACACCGUGUGUAAAGGUCAUCUUCAUGAACAACACCUGUCUUGAGAAGCUGUGGAGCAGCCUUGUGGACAUCUUCAUCCUUCCUGUCUACCACAGCAUCUCCAUGUGCUGCACGAGCAUCAGCGUGCGACUCACUCGCCAAUGAAAAACUCUCCUGGACCAUUUUUAUCUUCACAAGAGCUCCCAAGAGCAGAGACACCAGUUGUCACCAGAUGUGGCGUAGUAGUGACAGGACUCAGUGGAUUUGCUCGAUUUUUUUUGUUGUUGUUUUUAUAAGGAAUAACCAGACAGGACUGGUGUCAGAGCUUUGUUUGGCAUUUUAAAAAAAAUACAUAUCUAAUCAGCAUC